AGCACUUGAUAGUAUGAAUCAAGUGCAGCAUUUACUUUGUUUUGUCGCUUUGUCAAAUACAAAUAAAACAUUUGUAAACGACACUGUAACGUAUCCGAAUAAUAUCUGCUCGUUUCGCUUUGUCUUCACAGAGAGGUAAAUCAAUAUGGCGAAACAACAACAAACCCACAUGUCCUUGGAUGAGAUUAUCGAAAUUAGGAAUCCAGAUUUUGAAGGUUCAAACGGUCAUUAUGCUCAGUUCAGCGUUCCUCCGCAGCAAGCCACCUCUCGCAAUUGGGGAGAUUACGUACCUGGACAAGCUAGACAUCACCUUGCCAGUCAACCCAUACAUUCUAAUCCUGGAAUACAACCAGUGACACCGAUGACACCGACGUCUCUGUACAUGCAAGAUAUGCCCAACUACGAUGCUGCGACCACCGAUUCGAUGUACUUUUCAUCACAGGCAACAGUAAAUCACCUAGGCAUUAUCGAGAAUACUGGUUUAAUCGGUACUAUUAAUGUCAGAGGUGGCAACUAUAUAAACGUUUAUGGAAACGCCUCUCAAAUUAUGGCCGAACAAUGUUGUCUUUCAAACGUGACACCUUACUCUAAUCAAAACAUCGUUAAUCAGGAGUAUGGGCUUUUCAACGCUCAACGUAUGACCGUAGCAUCCGAGAUGCCAAAUCCAAACGUUAAUGGGAAACGGCUGAUCGACAAUGUAGCUGGAAAUUGGGUGCCGAACCAAUCUGGUACUUACAGUCCGUUUGGCGGGUCUCCUAAUAUCACACCCGUACCGCAAGCUGUACGGGAUGUAAGAGAAGGCGAAGAUUUACCUUCUAGAAAUAUAUCGGACUCUCAAUACAAGAAACCAAGGAUGGUGGCCGAAGUGAAACCUAUGCGACCUUCUUACUCGGACGUUUUAACAAAAUCUGCACCAACUUCGUCGUCUCCGUUGACGGUUCAGCCCGUGAAACCGAAAAUAAUCGAGAUGGCAGGCAAGAAAAUUUCCAACAAAAAUGUCAAGACCAAAAAUAAGCCCGCGCUGUUGAAAAGACAGAACUCUUCUGGUAGCGACGAUCACAGUUCUCCGAAAAUGCAAAUUUCUAGAAAAGUUUUAGAAAAAAAUUCUUCCAACCUUCCAAGACGGUGGGUGUCGCUCGACAACCUCGGUUCACAGUCCACCGAUUCUCGUCAGAUAAACGCUUUCGAUAGAACUGAUCAGUUUUAUUCGGAAAGGAAGAAAUCUGAUAAGAGAUCGUCUAAGAAAGCAGAAAAGAACGAGACUCUUAACAAUACCAAGGUACAAAACAGUAAUCCGAAAACUGCGGGAAAUAUUCCGAAACGUCCGAUACAGAUAAACAAUAACUUGAAUACAAUCAAUACAUCCAGUCAGACGGUCUCGUCUGAAAAAAUAGAAAAGAAUCAACAAAUUAUAAAUAAAGUCACUAAAGAGGAUAAGAAGACACUCAAGGAGAAAAAUCCUAAACGUUUUCAAGCCGAGAAGGCUCAGCAGCAGAUUAAGAAGGGACAAAGAAGCAGAAAAAGGGAAAACAGAGAAUCUUCUAUUAAAGAUUUAUAUAAAAACUUGAAUAAGUACGCGACUCGUUGGAGCAAAAUUCUAUUGAAAAUCUUUUAUUGGCUACUACAUUUAAUCUCCGAUGUAGUUAGCAUGAGCGCCAACCUGGUUAUUCAGCUUGGUAAAUGCGCUUGGUACCACACCAUACUUUAUUUAAAGUGCUGGUGCAUGUACGUGGCUGUGACAUUUUGUAAAAUUCGUAUCUUAAACGCUAUUGGUAAACAAUUGGACAAUUGGUUCGGAAGUAGUAAGUUUGCGUUCUGGCGAAAAGUAAACACUAAGAAGAACGAGGAGAGAGAAGACAGUGGCAAUUGGAUUCACGGUGGGCUAGAAACUAAUAUCGCGUUACCCAGUACCGGCGAAGAAGCCAUGAAAAGAUUAUUAGCGUGCAAGGGAAAGGAUCCUUACAGCAUACUCGGUGUUACGCCAACGUGCUCGGACGACGAUAUAAAAAAAUAUUACAAGAGACAAGCCUUUCUAGUACAUCCGGAUAAAAAUAACCAGCCAGGAGCAGAGGAAGCAUUCAAAAUAUUGGUACAUGCCUUCGAUAUCAUUGGGGAACCGGAACGUAGGCAAGCCUUCGAUCAAACUAGGCAGGUCGAAGCGGCUUGGGGUGAGCUAAGUGACUUGCUGUCGCAACUUCAUCGAAAGAUGGAACAGGCAGCAAAUACAAUAAGAUGUACAAAUUGCGGCUUGAGACACAAACGUAUCCCUACGCAACGUCCUUGUUAUGCCGCGCGAUUUUGCAAUCAAUGCAAAAUACGUCACAGUGCGAAAGAGGGUGAUAUCUGGGCAGAGUCUCGUUUAAUGGGUUUCCUAUGGCACUAUUACGCAUGUAUGGAAGGAGCAGUGUACGAUGUGACUGACUGGGCAGCUUGCCAAGCUGGGAAUCUCAAACAUCUUAGAGCGAAUACGCAUAGUGUCCAAUAUAGAAUCGUCUUAGGACAAAGACUACCGUCUCAAACGUCCAGUAGCGGUAAAAAACGGCAACAGAUAGAUCCCAAUACAAGCGAAGCGGAUUUCGAGGAUUUCCUAAACAAUCUCUACAACCAUAGCAAAUCUGCUGGCGUUAAUACAUCGGGGGAUCAAAAUUCUUUCAGAGGUGACAGCAGACGACGCAAAACUAAGCGUAAGAAGUAGAACAGCAGUAGAUGAACAAUUGCUGAGGGUUUGACCGAUCGUCGUUGUGUAAUUACAAAGUACGCAUUACAUUAGAACGCAUAUAUUAUACGCAAUCUUAAUUUUACAUUAUUCUUAAACAAUUAACCAUAGCAUAUAGGUGUUACGAUAAUAUUCAUGAAAUGCUAAUAUCUGACUGAUAUGCAAUAUGAGAUUAUGAGAAACUGUGUUCACGAUAAACGUACGUGUACUAAACAUCGUAUCGAAUAGACUCGCACGUUGAAAAGAAGAAAGCUUGAGAAUGAUAGGAGAGUAUUGCAAUAGCGACAAUUUGACAACAGAAACGUUCAACGAAUACAUUCAGCAACGCGACAGCGCGGUAUUUUGCAGAUUUAAAAUCACAAAAACGUUGACUCUCUCCAAGAUAAUACAUAGAGAUGCCAAAUAACAAUUGUAGAAAAACCAGGGAGUAAGAUACUCCCUGAGAAAAACACAGCGUUGUAUCCUUGCUAAAAAUGAUCGAUUGAAUACGAUUAAAAAUUUUGAAUCCGCAUGAAUCUGGAUUCUUGAUCCGGAAAUCACGGAUUUAUAACGAUUACACCGACUGAAAACGAUUGAAACGGAUUGGUAUUCAAGGAUGUAAUUUCAAUCGGAUUCUAUCGAUUUGAAUUGUUAUGAUUUUAUAACGAUUACACUGAUUGAAAACGAUUGAAACGGAUUGAUAUUCAAAGAUGUAAUUUCAAUCGGUUCCUAUCGGUUUGAAUCGUUACACGCAGAAAAUUUUUCUCGAAAAUACAAGUAUACACGAACAAAGUAAAUACCAUACUAAUCUUGCACGGCUAGG